AUGGCUAUCACAAAGUUUAUCGGCGGAUAUGUUUUCCACUCUCAAGCUCUCAUCGCCGAUGCCUACCAUGCCCUUAUGGAUCUCGUGUCUGACUUCUUAACCCUCGGCACCGUUGCAUUAUCUCUCAAGCCUCCGAGUGAACGGUUUCCAAACGGAUAUGGAAAGGUGGAGAGCAUCGGUGCUCUCGGAGUGAGCAGCUUGUUGCUUUGCGGUGGCGUGUUCAUGGGACUCAAUGCAGGACAGGUCUUGCUGUCUCAUUGCUACCCCGAAUUAGCUGAAACACUAGCCCACUCGGGACUUCUAGGUCACGGGCAUUCACAUAGCCAUGGAAUUGACGUGACAGGCCCUAGCAUCCAUGCAGCCUGGUUGGCCGGAGCCUCCAUAAUUACCAAGGAAUGGCUCUACCAUGCCACCAUGAAGGUUGCCGAAGAGCGUAAAUCACCCGUCCUCGCGUCCAACGCUAUCCACCACCGAAUUGAUUCCCUUACAAGUAUUGUGGCACUGUUUACAAUUGGUGGAAGCUAUCUCUUCCAAGACGCUUCCUGGCUGGAUCCGGUUGGUGGCCUUUUGAUUUCUCUGAUGGUCAUCAAGGCCGGCUGGGGCAACACUAUGACAUCCCUCUUGGAGCUGGCAGAUACGACAGUGGACGAUGAGAUCAAGACCUCCGUGCACAAUUUCGCCUCCGAAGCUUUGAAGGCUCACGAAGAUGGAGAGCAGGUGAUCAUUCGUGAUAUCCAAGGCCUGAAGUCAGGACAAAACUACUUGAUGGAAAUUGAGCUUGCUGUGCCCGGGGAAUGGGCAAUCACUCGCUCUCGAGCUGUGGAGGAGGCUGUCCGCAAGAAUAUUGGUUCUGGUGUUCGUGGUGUGAAGCGAGUACGUGUGCGCUUUGUUCCUACAAAGCAGCAGGAACUUACCUUCUCCGAGGAAUUCAUUACGCCUGAAUAUGGAGCAAGCCAGGAGCCCAAAGAAAAAGAACAUAAGCAUUAA